AAUUCGGUCACGUUGAUCCGUCGUUAGUUCGUAUUCGCGGUUCAAAAUAACCUAAAAAAAUCAAGGAUUAUACCCAAAAAAGGAUAUACAAGGAAGCCACAGACAAAUGAAAAGAAAAAUCUAUUCUUGUAGGCUAUUCGUCAAUAUACUACAGAAACCAUUAAACGUGUACGAAUAUUUUAUAGGAAAUAAACUUUAAACCUCCUCCGGUGGUGGUGCUCUGUCUUACUUUAUAGCCUCCCUUCCUCCAACAACAACAACACCAACAACUCACGACCCAUUUAACUGCUCUACGUUCCAUAUAUUUUUAAAGCCCAGACACCGUUGUUUGCAUAAAAAUUGUUCAAAGUGAGAAUUUGAAUAAUGACAAGGAUAAUGGAUUCGAAUUUUUGAUUGCUGGCCUGGCCAACAACCAACAACGUUGCAGUACACUUUCUCUCGGUCUCCGUGUAUCGUUCCCGUCGUCGUUUUCGUUCUCGGUGGUGUGGCGGUCGCUUCAUCGGCAUCGGCAGUGACUCCGGGUAAUGGUCGCAAUUCGCAAAUAUUUAUGUAUGUCCUCUCGUCCUACGUUACUAUUACUGUAUUUUCGCGUUGUGGUCAGGAUGUUUUAUGCCAUUAUUCAAAAUAAGCAUCUAAUGACUUUAUAUUAGCCCCAUUUCAAAUUCGUAUCCUGUGGGCCAUUACUACAUCAGUCGUCCUUGCGCGUAGGACAAUUUGCAUUAGUUACAUACAGCAAACAGUGUGGAGUGAGUAAGCGUCAGAAACGGUAUGAGAUACGAAAAAAACGUUCAAGAACCUACCUUUUACCUAUACAAAAAUAAAACAGACAACAACAAAAAGGACUAAAAGUGACAGCUGAAAAGACCUCAUUAGUGUCGCAGUGUGGCAGAAACAGCUUGACAGCAUUGUCGAGGUCCUUUAAACAUCUUCAAGAUGGAAGUAAUUUCUUUCAAGAGUGGGAUUUCAAGUUGAAUUUCGAAUCGCGCGUGUUCUAAGAGUUGUUCCUCUGUUCCUGCUCCUGGUCCUCUUUAACGGACUUUAAAGGCUAAUUUGAAUUUUUGUUGUUAGCUGACUUGUUUGAAAAAGGAUAAAUCGAGGGUUGAAUUUAAAAUAAGAAGAAAACUGACAGAGAAACGGGAGAGACCAAAAAACUUAUCAAUUGUUAUUUGAGGACCUCAUUUCAAAAACAAACCUAUAUAUUUAUGAAACAGCAAAUCAAAGUGUUCUAAAAAUAUCGUCCUCAUCUGAAUUUCUUCUUCUUCGUGUAGGAUAACAUUAACGAAGAAUUGGAGGAAAAUCCCUUCAAAAAGGAGACAGCAACAAGAUAUACGGAUAAUAAUAAUUUUUCAGGAUAUUCGUCUCCUAGUUAUUGCCGGUCGUUUGUCGGAAAACUCGGUGUAAAGGCUCUCCUGUGAGUGAUAUAUACAAUUCUGUCGGGACACUGAAACCCAAAGAAAACAAAAUAGUAGAAGAAAAUGAGAAAGUGCUUUGAAUAAUUUAAUAUAAAUUAAAAAAAAGGGCUAUCAGUUUUCUUUUCCGGUUCCCUAUUUCCGUAUUUUUUUUUAAAAAGGCCAAUUUCAAGUGAAAUAUAAAAAAAUAAAAGAAAUUGUUUUAAUGGUUGCCUAACGAUAUAUAUUUUUCUUACAGAAUACAAAUUUAAAGUUAUUGUGCAAAAGAAAAAAUAAAUUAUACUUAAAGUCCAUAUUUUUCAGCUGUGUUGGAAUAAACAAACGAAAAUAAAAUAAACCAAAAAUAUAUUAUACUCAAAAAGCAAUCAACAAGUCGUGUUACAGGAAAAUAAAAAUAUUUCAAAAUGUAUGGAUUUGUAAAUUACGCUCUGGAAUUGUUGGUCCUAAAGCACUUUGGCGAAUCAAUAUGGGAACAAAUAAAAAAAAAGGCCAUGGUGAGCAUGGAAGGUCAAUUCCUGGUCCGACAGAUUUAUGACGAUGAAAUAACCUAUAAUUUAAUUGGAGCUGCUGUUGAAAUUUUAAAUAUACCAGCCGAUGAUAUUCUCGAGCUAUUUGGCAAGACCUUUUUUGAAUUCUGCCAAGAUUCGGGCUACGAUAAAAUCCUUCAGGUUCUCGGAGCGACGCCAAGAGAUUUUUUACAAAAUUUGGAUGCCUUACAUGAUCACUUGGGAACACUUUAUCCAGGUAUGCGAGCCCCCUCGUUCCGGUGUACGGAAAAAGAUGGCACUCUUCGACUUCAUUAUUAUUCGGAACGGCCGGGUCUGGAGCACAUUGUUAUUGGCAUCGUAAAAGCAGUUGCAUCGAAGCUCCAUGGAGUGGAGGUUGAAAUCGAAAUCGUUAAGCGGAAGGGCGAUCCAAUCGAUGAGGAUGAAGAGAAAUUGAAUCCAACUCCUGCCCAGACAGCAUCGGCGGCGGCGGAGCAAGCAGAGUCAAACAAUAGCAACGAACGAACAAGUCCACCGCCCCCACUUACGCCUGGGCCAUUUUCCACAAAUGACCACCAUCACCACAACCGAAAUACCUACAGCAGAGAAUCAUCAGACGAAGCGGAUGUGGCCAGGCUUAAUCAAUACCCUCAGUAUCAGCAGCAGCAGUCACAGUCACAGCCACAGCAGGUGCCGCUCACUGGAACUAGAAAUAAAUCGAAUCAUGAAAUGAUGUCAAAUGGUGCAUCGUGUCCUUUUUCGUCCUUCGCCUACAACACAACCAGCAACAACACAAGCUCCGAUGACAGUGCAGCAAGUAGCUGCAAUCUUAAUUCAAUUUGUACAAAUCAAGACCAACAAAAAACAUGCCCAAUAUUAAGCAAUAGAAUAUCUAGUGAUUCCCUGCAUUCAACAAAAGCCGAUAGUCUAGAUGAUGCAGCUAAAAAACAAAGCAAAGCUGACCGUCUACGUUUGCUCAAGAAUAAAAGUGAUGACAUCGAAAGAUACGAUCACGUACAAUUUCUCAUCCGAGAAAUAGCAUCAACUGGUGGUGGCUCUAAAUCAACCCAAUCAUCUCAAGCCCUCGAUGAGAACAAAGAACCACCCGAUGAUAUGGAAUUUCUUUGUGAAGCACCGCUCAUCUCACCCUCGACAUUUUGUAAGGUUUUUCCCUUCCAUCUGAUGUUUGAUAGGCAAAUGAAAAUAGUUCAAGCUGGCAAAUCUGUGUCAAGGGUCAUUCCAAGAGUUGCUGCUGAGAGUUGUUCCCUACUCGAAGUCCUCGAAGCCAUUCGACCGCACUUGCAACUAACGUUCGAGAAUGUGCUCGCCCACAUCAAUACAAUUUACGUGAUGCAGACGAAGCAAGGUGCCAUGGGCAAACACGAACGCUACCUAAGACUGAAAGGAAAACAAAUUGUGAUGAUGGUCAUACCCAUGACUGACAUGGUCGUUUUUUCUUGCAGAAAGGGUCUAUACAUAUCAGACGUUCCAUUACACGAUGCUACAAGGGACUUGGUCCUUUUAUCCGAAAAAUUCGAAGCCGAAUACAAACUGACAAGGAAUUUAGAAAUGCUAACAGAUAAAUUGCAACAAACCUACAGGGAACUAGAAAGUGAAAAGCAGAAAACAGAUAGGCUUUUAUAUUCUGUACUACCAAAAUCAGUAGCAAACGAAUUAAGGCAUCAAAGACCAGUCGCUCCAAAGAGAUACGAUUCGGUAACUUUGAUGUUUUCUGGAAUUGUUGGAUUCGGUCAGUAUUGUGCUGCGAAUACGGAUCCAGAGGGUGCUAUGAAAAUAGUGAAUAUGUUAAAUGAGCUUUAUACGCUUUUCGAUGCCUUAACUGAUUCUAAAAGGAAUCCAAAUAUUUACAAGGUUGAAACAGUCGGUGAUAAAUAUAUGGCUGUGUCGGGUCUGCCAGAUCCUUGCGAGGACCAUGCUAAGUGUAUAGCACGUCUGGCACUGGACAUGAUGGACAUGGCCAAAAAUGUAAACAUGGGACCAAAUCCAAUGCAAAUAACAAUCGGAAUUCACUCAGGAGAAGUGGUAACAGGAGUUAUAGGCAAUCGUGUGCCUCGAUAUUGUCUAUUUGGCAACACUGUUAACCUUACAAGUCGCACAGAAACAACAGGUGUCGCUGGAAAAAUUAAUGUCAGUGAAGAAACAUACAAAUUAUUGUGUCAAGAGAUCAACCAGGAUGACUCAUUCCAUUUGGAAUACCGUGGCCCGGUCGUGAUGAAGGGGAAGCCCACGCCCAUGAAGUGCUGGUUCCUUUCGAGGAACACAAAUGGAAGUGACCCAAAUGCAGAUUCUCCAGCAGCAGCGGUUGCAGAUAGCAAUACUGUCGGUGACAGGACAACGCUGCCGUCAAGUCCUGAUAAUGUGUCAACAUCCACUCAAUCUGUAGCAAGUAACCAGGAUCCCACAUAGAAGAAAGGAUAUUCCUGCUGCUGAAGAACGACAACGACGACGACGACGAAAAUGGUGAGAGAUGAUGACGACUACGACAACUUCGACGACGAUGAUGAUGGCACACUGCUACUUAGCGUGUAUUGAGUAAUUAUGAUGAUUAAAUUCGUUUUUCCUUCUUCUUUUUUUCCAAAGAUUAAAAACACAACAGCAACAUACGAUUCACUUAACUAAUUGCAUUAAGCAACUGCCUUGGAUAAUGUUUCUUCCCACUAAUAUAAUCAUUUUUAUUGAAUUUUUAUUUAAAAAUAAUAUAAAGUUAAUUUUUUUAAAUUUUCUUUUCGUUUUUUUGUUUCAUAUUAAAUCUAUACAUUAUUAUUAGUGUCAUUGUUUAUAUUAUGGAUAAACUGUUAAGUUAUUUUUUUACAAAUCCAAAAUCAUAGCAAAAACGCACCAAUUUUUUUCGCAACGAAAAUCCUAUAUCUAAAUUUUUAUAAAGUUUUCUCCUUAAACAAUAAAACAAAAAAGGAAAAAAAAAAUAGUCCAAUUGUUAAGCCUUUUUCAUUAAAAACAAAAAACAAA